AUGGCGACGAGUCGUACGAAGCCUGUGCGUGCCGAGAAGACGAAGCCGCGUGCCGAGAAGGUGAAGACGCCACGCGCGGAGAAGAAGCCGGUGGUAGACGAAGAAGAUGACGAGGACGAGGUUCACGCCGACGAGGACGAGGCGGGUAUCUCGGAAAAGGGUCUGCAGCGCGUGAUGCAGCUCCUGGGCGAGGACGGUCUGAAUGAGAUGGACCUUGCCGCGCUUCAAGAGAUCCAAGGCGACGAAGAGGAGGAUGAGGAGGAGGAUGAGGGUGAAGAGGACGACGAGGAUGAAGACGAAGAGGACGAGGAAGUCGAUCUCGAGGACGAAGACGACGAGAACGAAGACGAAGACGAAGACGAGGACGAGGACGAGGACGAGGAAGACGCGUCUGACGAAGACGACGAGCGCGACGUCUCUUCGUCGACCCUCGCUGCCCCCAAAGACUCGCUCGCUGCCAGCAUUCUCCGCAGCGGUCUCGUCCCCGACGAGGACGACGAUGACGAGGACGAGGACGAGGAAGACGAGCAAGAGGCCGAGGACGACAAUGAAGAAGAGGACGGGGACGAGGAGGACGAUGGGGACAUUGCUGUCGAGGACCUCCCCGACCACCUCGAACUGUCCGAAGAGACGCGUGCGGCCAAGCACAACCGUGUGCGCAUUAACCGUGUCGAUGCCCUGGAGCGCAUCUAUGAAGACUUCCGUCUAGACGGCCCCUCUGGCUCCAAGUCGCUCCCCUGGAUCGAGACGAUGACGGUGACCUACCCCAAGACACUUUCGGACGAGGUUCCCGAUGCGCAGAACGACCUGGAGCGCGAGCUUGCCUUUUAUCGCCAGUCGCUCGAUGCCGCUAUGCGUGGCCGCCAGCUGGUUCUUGCCGCGAAUGUGCCCUUUUCGCGCCCCAACGACUACUUUGCCGAGAUGGUCAAGACCGACGAGCACAUGGAGCGUAUCCGCCAGCGCCUGCUCGACGAGUCGGCCGGCAUCAAGGCGUCCGAGAAUGCCAAGCGCCAGCGUGAGCUGAAGAAAUACGGCAAGCAGAUCCAGACCGAGAAGCUGCAAGAGCGCCAAAAGAGCAAGCGCGACAUGGAGGACAAGGUGAACUCGCUCAAACGCAAGCGCGGCGGCCUGGAGCUGGACGAUGACGAGUUUGACGUGCAGCUCGAAGAGGCCAUCAGCGACCAGAAAGAGGCGCGCCGCAAGCAGACGCAAGGCCGCGCCAAGAUGCCGCGCCAGAAGCGCGACGAAAAGUACGGCUUUGGCGGCAAGAAGCGCUACGCCAAGUCGAACUCUGCCGAGAGCACCAACGACUUUGGGAAGAAGAAAGGCGGGCGGCCCGGAAAAGCGCAGCGUCCCGGCAAGCAGCGCCGCGCGGCUGGGCGGCGCUAG